AUGGAGAGACCGAGAGAAAUUCGAGCUGAGCUUUUGCAGGGCAGAGUGGGAGAGGGAGAGGGAGAGGCCGGGAGAAAAUCGAGUGUGAGUCAGAGCCCGCCAACUUUGGAGGCGACCUUGCCCGAAGUGCCCGAACUACCGAAGCCUGAAUUGCCUCACCUUCCUGACAUCCCUAGCUUGCCAAAGCCAGAAUUCCCAUCAUUGCCGAAAGUCGAAUUGCCACCGCUUCCUGAACUACCAAAGCCUGAAUUUCCAGCAACGCCGAAGCCAGAGUCGUUAGAAGUGCCGGAAUUGCCGAAGCCUGAAUUGCCUCAACUUCCUGACAUCCCUAGCUUGCCAAAGACAGAAUUCCCAUCCCUGCCGAAAGUCGAAUUGCCGCCGCUUCCUGAGCUACCAAAGCCCGAAUUUCCAACAAUACCAAAGCCGGAAUUGCCGGUAGUGCCCGAAGUGCCUCAUCUUCCUAAUUUUCCCAAGCCAACAUUGCCUUUCGUUCCCACGAUUCCCAAGGACACAGCCGUCGCUGCUACUAGCCCUUGA